GUUUGCAGCCGCCAUCUUGGGCUCCUUCUGUAGGAGCCCCUGACGCUCCGCGCGGUUGGACGCUCGGUGGAGGCUGGUGCUGGUGACCAUUGGGACGCCGAUGCUCAGGCCGAGACGUGGCUGUGCAGCCUGAGGUGUGAGGAGCCUCUGGAGAGCAGCUGAAUGUCCUGAUGCUGGAAUGCCUUGAUCCCUGCCUUCUCUGGGAGAACAAGGCUACAGUAGGCUACUAGAGGAUAAAAUGUGGUAAGGAGGAGAGUCAGGAUGCUCCAGUUUACAGUCAGCUCACCCUUUGAAGUUCAUUUACCUUACCAACCAUCAGGUCUAGGUGGCUGUGCUGUAGACUCUGUUGCCCUGUGACGUGCUGGUGCGGGGAGUUCCGUAGGGAAGACGCUCGAUGCCCUGGAAGCCAGAAAUGGAGUUGCUGUCAUUUGAGGAUAUAGCUGUGGAAUUCACCUGGCAGGAAUGGCAGAACCUGAGUGAAGCUCAGAGGACCCUCUACAGGGAUGUGAUGCUGGAGAACUACAGCCAUUUGCUAUUCCUGGGACACUGUGAGACCAAACCUGACUUGAUUUUCAAUUUGGAGCAAAGACUUGGAUCAUGGAUUGUAGGAGAAGCCUUAGACCAGAACACCCCAGGUGUACAAAAAGUGAAUACCCUGAAUAAGACCUGCCGAGAAACUGAAGCAAGAUAUGUGUGGCAAGUUUCAAUCACCAACAGCAAUAUAUCAAAGGAGAUGGCUGGAAUAGGGAAAAAAUUUAAUGUGAAUAAAAACCACACUUCAAAUCUGAAUAUAAAGGAUAGAAUGAGUCCUAAACAGCUUCUUGUGUGGAAGAAUGUGCAUCUCCAGAGUGAUCAUGAUAAGAUGCAGAUUGGAGCAGAACCUGAUGAUAUUAAUGGACCUGACAAAUCGCUUCAACCUCCUGAGCAUCUUGGUCUACAUAAAAGUCAAAGUUCACAAAAUUACUUUCAAAGUCUUAUACCAGGGAAAGCCUGCAACACAAAAGCAGUAUUGCUGACACAUCAAUUUCAAACAGGAGAGACCUCUCAUAAGUUCAGUGAAUAUGGGAAAUCCUUUGAUGAUGUAGUGUUUAUUGGCAAAGAGAUAACUCAGGUAGGAGAGAACUCUUUUGAAUGUAAUAUAUCAGGAAUAAAGUGUAACAAAUCUAAUCUUGAUGAAUGUGAGAGAAUACACAUGGGAGGGAAACAUGAAUGUAGUGAUUUUGAGAAUCCUUUUAGUAGUGAAUCAUACCUUACAAAAGAUAAGAAACAACAUGCAGGAGAAGAGCCCUGUAUCCAGGAAGAAUAUCAGUUCUCACUAAAGUCAGAAGUGAAUGUUAAUCAGAAAACCCACAGAGGGAAAAAAUCCUAUGAAUGUAAAGUAUGUGGAAAGUGUUUUCACUGGAAAACAAGCUUUAAUAGGCAUCAGAGUACUCACACUGGUGAGAAACCCUAUGAAUGUAAGGAAUGUAGGAAAGCUUUCUGUCAAAAGUCACAUCUGACUCAACAUCAGAGAGUUCAUACAGGUGAGAGACCAUAUAUAUGUUUACAGUGCAGGAAAGCUUUCUACCGUAAAUCGGAGCUCACUGACCAUCAGAGAAUUCAUACAGGUGAGAAGCCCUAUGAAUGUAAGGAAUGUGGGAAAGCUUUUUGCCAAAAGCCCCAACUCACUCUACAUCAGAGAAUUCAUACAGGUGAGAAACCCUACGAAUGUACAGAAUGUGGGAAGGCUUUCUCCACAAAGUCCUAUUUAACUGUACAUCAGAGAACUCAUACGGGUGAAAAACCUUAUGAAUGUACAGUAUGCAGGAAAUCAUUUAUUUGUAAGUCAAGUUUCAGUCAUCAUUGGAGAACUCAUACAGGUGAAAAGCCAUAUGAAUGCAAGCAGUGUAUGAAAACAUUCUACCGAAUGUCAGGCCUCACUCGACACCAGAAAACUCAUACAGGUGACAAACCAUACGAAUGCAAAUUAUGUGAUAAAGCUUUUUACUGUACUUCACACCUCACUGUACAUCAGAGAACUCAUACAGGUGAGAAACCCUAUGAAUGUAAGGAAUGUCGGAAAGCUUUCUAUGAUAAGUCAAACCUAAAGCGGCAUCAGAAAAUUCAUACCAUGAAGAAAUCCUGUGAAUGCAAACAAUGUAAUAAAUCUUUGAGUAACAUUUCUCAACACCAGAUAGUGUACUAUGAAUAUGAAGAAUGCAAGAAACCUUUCUACCAUAAAACACACUUUAGUUAAGUAUCCAAACACUCCUUACAAGUAAGGGGACCCUAUGAUUGUAAAGAACAUAGGCAAACAUUUAACACAAGUCAGAUCUUAACUUUACAUAGAAGUACACAAAGCCCAAAACAUGAAUGUAUGGAAUGGUAAGAAUACUUACAGAACCUGAACAGGCAAAAAAACACAAGAAUGUAAACAAUGAAGGAAAACUUAUGUGUCUGUCAAAGAAUUCACAGUUGACUACAACAAAUAACACCUUGGGGUAAACCUAACCAAAGGGUGAGAGACCUCUACAACGAGAACUUUAAAACUCUGAGGCAAGAAUUCAAGGAAGACACUAGAAGUUUCAAGUUUGAUGUUCUUGGAUUGGCAGAAUUAGCAUUGUGAAAACAACUAUCUCACCAAAAUCAAUGUUCCAAUUCAGUGUAGAUAAAAUCAAAAUCUCCAUUCCAUUUUUCACAGAAAUCGAAAAAAAAAAUCUUAAAAAUUUGUAUGGAAGCACAAAAGACCCCAGACAGCUAAAGCAGUUCUGAGGAUAAAGAAUAAAUGCUAGAUAUUUUACCAUACCUGAUUUCAAGUUAUACUACAGAGCUAUUGUACUAAAACCAGCAUUGUGCUAGCACAUAGAUGUAGUGGAAUAGAAGAUCCUGAUAUAAGCCAAUGCAAUUACACACUGGUAAUUUUUAACAAA